AUGCAGCCUGUUAAGUCGCUUCCAGAAAUGAAAAUUUUCGACCAUGGAGGCACCAUGGCUGGUGUUUAUCCGUCGGAGAAUAAGUUCGCUGCACAACAUAAGAAGCUGGUUCGAAUGCUCACAGUGGUGGGCUAUCUCCUCUGUGUGUCCCUCGCUGCCAUCCUCCUAUCGCUGUAUUAUUUGUUCCUCUGGAACCCUGACAUGAACAAAGAAUUCCCCGAAAUCCAAUCAAGGUUGACUAAGGAACUGUGCAGCACCUCUUCCCAGAACCCCCAACGUUUUGUCCAGAAAGACGCCCCUCCGUCCCCGGCACUCCAAGUGGUCAGCAGCAGUAACAGUCCAAUUUUCAUCAUAUCUCCUCCGAAUUCGAAAGAAAUACCCCUUCAUCAGGGCAAUCUGAAAUCUGACGUCGUCAAUCGGAGAACCUUCGUCCCGUAUCCUGCAACCGUUUCCCGUGAUAUCAUAUCCCGUGCGAUGUCGAACCUCUCCCCGGAUCGAGGAGCUCUCGAUGUUUCCAUGAAUCCGGUAGCCCACGAUAUAAAUGCUGAAAUCCAUGCUGACAUCUCUUCCGGUUCUUCCGAUACCCAGCACACACCCAGCUCCACUGAAAGCCUAUAUGACGACUCGAAACGCUCAUCAAGCGUCAGCCAAGAGAACAGCCAAGAAGUUCUGACCUACCAGGACAGCAGCGCCAUGAACACCAGCAAUGUGACGAGUUCGGAAUAUUGAUAACACUGAUCUCGGAACGACCCUACGGAACGGACGGAUCGGUUCGGGCUGGAGGACGCGGCAUGUUCUAUCAAUCGACUCCUACUCCGCUUCUGAGCUACGAUUUCGGAAAAUCCCAUCAAUGAAAAACGCGGGUUUCCUUGAAGAUUUCAUCCAGUUUUUCAUUUUUCACGUUUCACCUGCUCUUCUCUGGGCCGCCACUCAGCGUGGUCUUCGGGCUUCCAACACGUGGAAGACUGGCUGUUUUCACCCGGUUUCGCGCCCGACCCAAUCUCAUUCUUCCUUCGCGAAGGUUCUUGAAGAUAGGCAGUGUUCCGCCACUGCUGUCGAUAUGCUUGUCAGACUACUGUUUGGCUGCAGGGAAUGUGAAAGGGUCGACAGUCAACCAACAGCCUGACCGCGUGCGGCGCGCCAAGGGGUGAGCUUGCUCACUUCCCAGUUUCGGAAAUUUUCUUCAAUGCUCCGGCUGGUAGCGUUCCCUUGCAUCCGGCAACGUCUGGACCGUAUCGCAUCGAUUCACAGAAAAGUUUACGUUUGCCUCAGGUCACUGCAGCGCUUAUUCGUCAGUGAAUCGUUCCUUUUUUCUAACCCACAGUGGAAUCCGUCGACUGAC